GAGCUGCGCCCGCCGCCCAGGGGGUCCUGCCCCAACUCAUGAGCCGCCCGGAGAGCAAGGCUGGCGAUACCCCCGGGGGGGCCGCCGGCCAGAAGGUGCUGCCCCGGGGCCUGGCGCCGUGCCGGCAGCUGCUGGCCCCGACGGCCGCGAGCCACCCCUGGCCCGCGCCAGCGCCGAGGCCGUCUCCGCAGCCCGCGGUGGUGGAGCUGGAGGUGGACGACUCGGAGCCCGAGGGCUCCUCGGGGCCGCCCCUGAAGGGCAAAGCCCGGCCCGCGGGAGGAGCCGCGAUCAGCGCUCCUGGGACGGCCGCGGGAGGCGUCGCCCCGCUGCCCAAAGAAGAUGCCCGCUUCUCGGCGCCCAGGGCCUCCCCGGCGGAGCAUGACGCGCCCGCCGCGCCCGGGCGCGCCCCGGUGGCCACCGCGGUGAUGGACUUCAUCCACGUGCCCAUCCUGCCGCUCAACUCGGCCUUCCUGGCCGCCCGCACCCGGCAGCUGCUGGAGGGCGACAGCUACGACGGCGGGGUCGCCGGCGCCUUCGCCGCGCCGCGGGGCUCGCCCUCCGCCUCGUCCGCCCCGGGCGCGCCCGGAGACUUCCCCGACUGCGCGUACCCGCCCGACGCCGAGCCCAAGGACGACGCGUUCUCGCUCUACGGGGACCCGCAGCCGCCCGCCCUGAAGAUCAAGGAGGAGGAGGAGGGGGUCGCCGAGGCCGCCGCACGCUCCCCGCGGCCCUACCUGCUGGCGGGGGCCAGCCCCGCCGUCUUCGCGGACUUCCCGCUGGCGCCGCCGUCCAGGCCGGGGGAGGUGGCGGCGCCCCCGGCCGCCGCAGGGGCCCCCGGCUCGUCCGCGGCCGCGUCGGGGUCCGCCCUGGAGUGCGUCCUGUACAAGGCGGAGGGCGCGCCGCUGGCCCAGCCCGGCCCGUUCGCGCCGCCGCCCUGCAAGGCUCCGGCCGCGGGCGCCUGCCUGCUGCCGCGGGACCUGCCGUCCACCUCGGCCGCCGCCGCCGCCGCCGCCGGGGCCACCCCUGCGCUCUACCCGCCGCUCGGCCUCAACGGGCUCCCACAGCUCGGUUACCAGGCCGCGGUGCUCAAGGAGGGCCUGCCGCAGGUCUACCAGCCCUAUCUCAACUACCUGAGGCCGGAUUCAGAAGCCAGCCAGAGCCCACAGUACAGCUUUGAGUCAUUACCUCAGAAGAUUUGUUUAAUCUGUGGGGAUGAAGCAUCAGGCUGUCACUAUGGUGUCCUCACCUGUGGAAGCUGUAAGGUCUUCUUUAAAAGGGCAAUGGAAGGACAGCAUAACUACUUAUGUGCUGGAAGAAACGACUGCAUUGUUGAUAAAAUCCGCAGGAAAAACUGCCCAGCGUGUCGCCUUAGAAAGUGCUGUCAGGCUGGCAUGGUUCUUGGAGGCCGAAAGUUUAAAAAGUUCAAUAAAGUUAGAGUUAUGAGAACACUGGAUGCUGUGGCCCUCCCACAGCCGGUGGGUAUUCCAAAUGAAAGUCAAGCCCUAAGCCAGAGAAUCACCUUUUCACCAAGUCAAGAGUUGCAGUUGUUUCCCCCACUGAUCAACUUGCUCAUGAGCAUCGAACCAGAUGUGGUCUAUGCAGGACACGACAACACCAAACCUGAUACCUCCAGCUCUCUGCUGACAAGUCUGAAUCAGCUUGGCGAGAGACAACUUCUUUCAGUGGUCAAGUGGUCUAAGUCACUGCCAGGUUUUCGGAACUUACAUAUUGAUGACCAGAUAACUCUCAUCCAGUAUUCUUGGAUGAGUUUAAUGGUAUUUGGACUUGGAUGGAGAUCUUAUAAGCAUGUCAGUGGACAGAUGCUAUAUUUUGCGCCUGAUCUAAUACUAAAUGAACAGCGGAUGAAGGAGUCGUCCUUCUAUUCCUUGUGCCUUACCAUGUGGCAGAUCCCACAGGAGUUUGUGAAGCUUCAAGUCAGCCAGGAAGAGUUCCUCUGUAUGAAAGUAUUGCUGCUGCUUAAUACAAUUCCUUUAGAAGGACUAAGAAGUCAAAACCAGUUUGAAGAGAUGAGAUCAAGUUACAUUAGAGAGCUCAUCAAGGCAAUUGGUUUGAGGCAAAAAGGAGUAGUCCCUAGCUCACAGCGUUUCUAUCAGCUUACAAAACUUCUUGAUAACUUGCAUGAUCUUGUCAAACAACUGCAUCUGUACUGCUUGAAUACAUUUAUCCAGUCCCGGGCCCUGAGUGUUGAAUUUCCAGAAAUGAUGUCUGAGGUUAUUGCUGCACAAUUACCCAAGAUCUUGGCAGGGAUGGUGAAACCUCUUCUCUUUCAUAAAAAGUGAAUGCCAUUUUUAUCUUUAAAAAAUUAAAUUUUGUGCUAUGUCUGUUUUUUUGGGCGGUCAUGAUUAUGAGGUCGAGAGUUUUUACUAUGCUUUUCUCAGAGCCUUACAUUUAUAACGUAUCAUACUGUGUAAAUUUCAAAGAAAAGUUGUGAGGUUUCAUUGUUUUCCUUUAUAAAGCAUAAUUCAGAUUUUUAGUGUUUUUGUGCACCCAUAUUUUCCUUAAGAGUUUGCAAGGUUAAAACAGUACUAAAGUGAUUGUUAACGUUAAUCUUAUCUGUAUCAUUUCAUAUCGUUCAGUGACAUUUUUAACUUUCACAUAUAACAGAUCCACUUUAGAGAAAAGAAGAAUCUUACACGUAAAAACAAAAAGCUGUUCUGUGUUCUUUCUCUAUAGCUCCUUUUGUCUCCCUGAUUAUAUUUACAAAAAUGAAACAAAUCGGUAUGCAAAAUUGUAUCUUUAUGAGUGUAUAUACUUUUUUGUGAGAAGGUAAUUUAUAACCUUAGCUGUAUUUUCCAAAGGGUUUUUAAUGCAAAAAAUAUAUAGAAAAAGAAUUUAAAGUUCUUGAAAUAGAUUGAUGCUCCUCAAACUAAGAAAACCAGCUUAUAUGUUAAGACUGUUUCCCAGAUCUGAAACACAGAUCUCUAAGGAGGUUAUUAAGGAAGGAGAGCCAUAGCCUUAUGACAAGUACAUCGUGAGUUUUGCAGUUUUCUACUAGCCUUUUGCGGGGGGAACUGUCCUUUAACAAGGCAUUCCGAAUUGAAAUAGGAAGCCAGAAAGUCUGUGGUCUAACUCCACCCACUACAUCUAGGGCAUGUGGAAAGUCACUUAUCCUUACCAAGUCUCUAUGAUAUUUCCUCAUCUUUAAUACUGGUGUAAUAAUAAGUUUCCUGCAGAAUGUUCCUUUUGGCCAGAGCUUGUUAGUCAGUUUUCACAUCAAAGAAGAAAGGGAGGGAGGGUAGGUGAGGAAACAAAUAAAAAGAAGGGAGGGAAAAAAAGAGAAGUAUUAUUCUCUUUCUCUACUGAGUGGGCAUAGUGGACAAAUCACAGUUAAAAUGUUUUCAGUGUCUCUGAUCCAGUCUGAUAUAGUUCAGGAAACAUUAAAUACUGGCUUAAAAUAAUACAACCAAUAACUAGAAAACACACAAUUCACAUUGUUAUAUGAGCUGAAAAUAUCCCUUUAGGAGACACAUGAGUUUUUUCUGAGAUAUCUCUGGACACCUAGGUGUCACUAUUUUAAACAGGUCUAUGUUAAAAAAAAAAAAAAAAAAAAGGCAUCACUAUUUUUUUAAAUUGACCUAUUUUUUAAAAAAUACACACACACACAUAUAAAACAGAAAGAACCACUGGUAACAACAAAAACCAAUCAUUUUUUUCCUAAAUAAAAUAAUUUAUACCAAUUUUAGGUACAUAUAUAAUUUUUAACAGUUCAGAAAAACUAGUAGACCUAAUUCUUUUUUGAAAUUUCUUUAAAAUUGGACAUUCCCUUAUAAAUAAAGCAGAUUAUAUACUUUAUACAGAUUAAUAGUUGUUAAUGAGAAAAAUCAAAAAAACUUUGAAAACAACAUAGGAAACAUUUACUAAAGCGUCUGAUUUCUUAAUGCAUUUUUAAAUUACCCAUUCCCUUCAACUGAUAGAUACUUAAAGUUUACCAAGGGGCAAUAACAUAGAAUAAUCUUAAUGAAUAAUAAUAUGACCCCCAAAACAUGAUAAAGUGAUUUCAUCUGACCAAAAACCCCUGACAGACCAUAAUGUUACCAUAACUGUUUCUUGCGAGUAACUUCUUCCAUUUUCAGAAUGAAUUAGAUAUAGAGCAACUGUAGACAGUGAAUCCUCAUAAGGCAUUUGAAAUAGGGAUUAAAAUGAUUUCUAACCAGGACCCAUGGCUUGAGUUCUUUAGGUCCAUGUGCCAAACAGGUAAUAAACAAAUUUCAUAAUGCUUGGUUAUAACGUUCAAUAAGAGUUUAAACCAAGAAUUUCAAAUAGUCUUAACUAGUAAAAAAAAAAAGGUCUCUUCCUUAGUGUGUCUGUCUACAUGUCUUUUUCAGUGAAUACAUGUGUGUUCCAGUACAAUGCUGACUGCUAUUUAGUCGUUCAGAGUCUUAAACAGAAACUCAUUCUCUCUCCGUUCUCCAGGCCAAAGUUAUUUUCCUAAAAAGGAUCUAAUUUUGACAUUUCCUUACUGGAAAAUGUUCAUUGACUUCCAGUCACCUACUGCAGUGUUUCUCAACUAUAGAUAUAGCUGCACAUUACAGUCUCUGAAAGAGUUAAUCGCUCAACUGUGUCUGACUCUUUGUGACCCCUGGACUGUAGCCCACCAGGCUCCUCUGUCCAUGGAAUGCUCCAGGCAAGAAUACCAGAGUGGGUAGCCAUUGCCUUCUCCAGGGGAUCUUUCUAUCCCAGCGAUCAAACCCGGGUCUCCCACAAUGCAGGCAGAUUCUUUACCGUCUGAUCCACCAGAGAAGCCCACUACCGUCUCUAGGAGAGCUUGUUACAAUUACCCUUUCCUGGGAUCCACCUUCAAAGGUUAUAUUUUAAUUGGUCCACUCUUCUUACCAAUGCAGUGACAUAGGAGUCACUCUGAAAUGGUGUUCAAACAUCGGUUCCUGUAACUUGACUCUCUUUAUCCUCCACUGUCAUACAUUCACCUUUUAUUCCAGCCGCACAAGUCUUUAGAGUCAGUCUUCUGCCUUUAUUUCCCCCUUUUGAUACCAGUCCUGUCUCAGCUCAAGGCUCAGCAAAACAUCACUUCUGUUGUAUCUUCCCUGCAUCUUCCAGAGAGUGACUUAUUUUCUCCUAAGGUUCCCCAGAUUUUGUGCAGAUCUGGAUUACAAUAGUGCAUUAUUCUAUAUUCUUACUCUGCUACUAGUCUGAGAGCCACUUUGAUGUAAGACAGUCGUGUACCUCGUCGGGGAGUUGAAUGACAUGUUCUCUGGGUUUGGUGUUACAAUUAAUUCCAUGUGUGUUUGUUGCAUCAGGACAUGUUUCUGUGUUCAUGACUUGAUCACUUUCUCUUCCCAUGGCCCCUAUCUUAAUCUCUUCAAAUAUCCCACCUUUUCUUUUCCUGCUUUGUGAGUUUUCUCCUUGUACUGACUAUAACAUAGAAAAUAUAAGUACAUUUUUCAUUUAGUAAGAACACACUUUAUGCUCCCUGUUCUAAAUUUUAAAACAGAGUGGAGUAUUAUUUCCCUCCCUAAGAAAAAUUCCACAAACAUAAUUAUUUCUUAAGAAAAUAUAAGUAGCUCUAAAUUGUAUUCUAAAUACAAUGGAGGUUUGUAUUGAAAACCUCAGUAUGCAAAAUUUUCUCAUGUCUGAUUUCAUUCAAUAAAUAUUUAUUGAGUGCCUGUUAUAGCACAAGAAAAUGAAGGUGUCUAAAUCCUAGGAUUUAAUAUUUCAAGCUAAGGUUUAAAAAAAUUAAAGCUUUUGGAAAAGAACAUGACAUCAACCAAAUGAAGAUAUGUUGUAGGCUCUAAAUCUUUUCCUCUACAAAUUUCUGCUUACUAACAUUCCUGUUCCUAUGUAGUUGCAUAACUUUUAUAUUAAUUUUAUAGGUCAUAUGCUUUCUAUAGGCUCUAAAGUGAAAUUAAAUCACAAGAAGAAGGUUAUAUAUCAGACAAUACUUGAAGGAUACUGAAAUAGAUGAUUGAGUUAAUAAAAAUAUUUCCCUGAAAAAGGUUUGAGAAGCCAUUUGGGUCUGAAACAAUUAUACCUCCAGUGUCUGUUGUUGCGUAACAAUUGUGUUUUUAUCUUUAAAAUGGCACUUUUAAACUAGGCAGUACUAUUAUAUUUCAUAUUUCACAUUAAAAUAAUUAGUUGCUGCACAGAUAAUAUGCAAAUAUGGUAGGUAGUAUGCUUUCUACAAAAGGAAUGCCUUUCAAAUAGCCACACCAUGUCAACCUGUAACUUCUAAACAGCUGCAGUGGAUAGUGAGUACUGUGUAGUUCAGUUCAGUCGCUCAGUCCUGUCCGACUCUUUGUGACCCCAUGAACCACAGUACACCAGGCCUUCCUGUCCAUCACCAGCUCCCGGAGUCCACCCAAACCCAUGUCCAUAGAGUUGGUGAUGCCAUCCAACCAUCUCAUCCUCUGUCAUCCCUUUCUCCUCCUGCCCUCAAUCUUUCCCAGCAUCAGGGUCUUUUCCAAUGAGUCAGCUCUUCACAUCAAAUGGCCAAAGUGCUGGAGCUUCAGCUUUAUCAUCAGUCCUUCCAAUGAAUAUUUAGGACUUAUUUCCUUUAGUCCAAGGGACUCUCAAGAGUCUCCUCCAACACCACAGUUCAAAAGCAUCAAUUCUUUGGUGCUCAGCUUUCUUUAUAGUCCAACUCUCACAUUCAUACAUGACCACUGGAAAAACCAGAGCCUUGACUAGAUGGACCUUUGUUGGCAAAGUAAUGUGUCUGCUUUUUAAUAUGCUAUCUAGGUUGGUCAUAACUUUCCUUCCAAGGAGUAAGCGUCUUUUAAUUUCAUGGCUGCAGUCACCAUCUGCAGUGAUUUUGGAGCCCAGAAAAAUAAAGUCAGCCACUGUUUCCACUGUCUCCCCAUCUAUCUGCCAUGAAGUGAUGUGACCAGAUGCCAUGAUCUUGGUUUUCUGAAUGUGAGAGCUGAUCUAUCCCUGCUGUCCAUUUCUCUGCUGUUUAAUACUGGAUGAGCUGAGCAAGUCUGAGUAAACUGGCCUGUGCCAAUUGUUUUGAAAUUAACAGAAAUGAAAAUGAAAAGAAAUACACAAGUGUUCAGAAAUAGUAACUGCUAUUUUUAUUUUUUCUUUAAGCCAUAGUUCUAGCUAUGAUUUUAUCAGAUUAAUCUGGUAUAGUCUAUAGUGAAACCAAGGAAUCUAGAAAAUGAAGUUGCUUUAUGGCUACCUCUGUGUGCAUAUGAAUAUUUAAUAUAUUUGAUUUGAAAUUAGAGUUCAAAGUAUUCAGUUGAUUUCUUCCUCUGAAAAAAAAUAUAGUCUUUUGAGUUUGUGGCCUGCUUUAACAAAAAUCUGAAGAGCCUGUUCCAUUCAUUAUAAUACAAAGAAUAAAGGUACUGAUUUUGACCUUUUUAAAGAAGUAUUUCUUUAAAAUAUAGAGAGGUUGAAAUAAAACACAGCCAUUCUAAAAAUCUAUGCUAUAUAGUUCAUGCUCAGAUUAUUUUUACUGUGGUAAUAAUUCUGCAUAAAGGAACAAUGGGUCUGGAAACAUAAUGAAGUUAUCAGCUCCCUGAAAAACAUUCCUGUUCUUAAGGCUACGUUAUAAAAUUCCCAGAAGAGAUCUUCGUGUCUGCUUUGAUCUUGCAUUCUUUUGGUAAGAAAGCUACUAAAUUUCUAGAGUUUUUGCUGUGAAUACCUGAGCAAUUUCUCUCAUGUGUACUCUUUACAUACCAGAUUUCAGGAUAGAAUAUGAAUUCUUUUAAAUAGUCAUACAAUCUCCAGGGAAUUGUGUAUAAGUACUCAAAGUAACUUUUUUUUCAAUUUUAAAGCUAUUUUAUUUUUAUACUUGAGACUCACCAACCAAGUCUCCAUUGAUAAAGUUAACGGAUAAGCAGACAACCCAAGAAAGGGUAACUACCAGUGGGAUAUGGGGAAUUUUUGCAGCUCUUAAAUUUUGCAGGAAAUACAUAGCCAGAAAAUCUCAAAGGUUUGCCAAGUCCUAAAUUGCUUAUCCACACUAGACUAAGCCAUGUAAUGAUUUUAAUGAAGAUAAUAUUGCUUGAUUUCUGUGGUUUCACCAUGUUUGCCCUGCUCAAAGUUUAGUGAAAAAGACAGUCUCUAACUCUCCACCUUGCAUCCAUUAUCUAUUUAAUAUACCAUUAUUCUACACUCUCUGGUCCUUAUCAAAUUAUCAAAUUUCACAAAUUGAACAAAAAGCAGUAAAAUAAAUGACUGCUUGCUUCAUAUUAUGGAAUCCAAUCCAACCUGGAUUGGGCUAUGUCCAUAUGAAUCCGGAAUGUGAACUGGGUCUAGAUAACUGCAUUCAGGUUGGCCCACGUUCCCAUUUAAACUCAGGAAAAGUCCUUACAGACCAUCAGUUACUUGGGGCCAAUAAAACCCGUACGUCCGGAGUUAGGCAUGAAACAGUAUGGCCUUAAAAACUUGAAAGAAAAGAGGCUAAAUGUAGUUUUCUUUAAUAAUUUGUCUUCUCUAUCAUUAGACAAGAUUUGAGAAUUUAGGGAAGGGGGGCAUUGGUGAUAAGUUAAAGAGCAGCAGUUCAUAGUCGUUCAGCCGCUAAGUCAUGUCUGACUCUUUGUGACUCCAUGGACUGCAGAAUGCCAGGCUCCUCUGUCCUGCACUGUCUCUGGAGUUGCUCAAAUUCAUGUCCAUUGAGUCAGCAAUGCUAUCUAACCAUCUCAUCCUCUGCUGUCCUCUUUUCCUUUUGCUUUCAAUCUUUCCCAGCAUCAGGGUCUUUUCCAAUGAGUCAGCUCUUCGCAUCAGGUGGCCAAAGUAUUGGAGCCUCAGUCCUUGCAAUGAGUAUUCAGGGUUGAUUUCCUUUAGGAUUGAGUGACUUGUUCUCCUUGAAGUUCAUAGUGGCAGUGAUUUAACAUGUAUGAUACCUAGAUGUCCUAUCGCCGAAGCAAAGACAAUCUCAAAGGGUUCUGCUCCUCUCCUCGGAGUUGAUCGCGUUCCAAGGCAGCGCUCCGGGCACUUGCCUGGAGGCUGCGCCCGGCUCGUCCACACCCUCUGCAGCUGCGGAGCUGGGAGAGUGUUACAGGCCUGCUGGCUUAGCCCCAAAUGUCAACCUCAUUUUCAGUUUACUGGCUCUUGUUGCUUUAUGUCAUGCUGACCUUACAUGAGUUUGUUUGCUUUCUUUCUACUCAUGGAGAGAUGGGAAGGCAUUACUUUUAGCUUUUGAAAGCUAAAGCUGGUUGAAAGCUUUAACUGACAAAAGACUUACAGAGAAAUGUGAAUCAAGCAGCUGAGAAAGCUUACCCUGUCCAUUGCUUUAAAGAAAAUGAUUAUUAACUGCAGUGUGAUAUCAGUAUCAUGGUCCACAUUUAGAUAUAUAUGAGCAAACUAUUUAAAUGGUAUUGUAAUCUUUUGAAAUUGCUCUUAAUACAUCAAAUCCUAAUAUAUCCAAUUUAGCAAGCAUAACUUUUUCUAAAUGAAACCUACUUAAAAUGUUUUCCUCUUGUCAAUUACAUAUAAAGCUUUUUUCUUUCUAUGAAAUCUACUUACCUGUGAGUGGUUUUUGUUGUUGUUAUGGAUUAUUUAUAGAAAGCAGUAGUUUAAAACUUUUUGCCAUUAAACUUUUACUAACUUCUCCCUCAGGAAGCUAGAUUUUAAAGUAUCUCCCCACCAAACUGUAUUCAUAUUAAGAAAUAAUUGUUUUGUUUUCUUCACGUUUAUUAUUCAAAGAAAUAUCAAUUAGAGUUGCUGAGUAAUCAUGUUGCAUAGCAAUCAUGUCCACACUGAUUUAAUGGGUUUUGUGUAACUUUCACUGGGUAAAUGAAAAAAUGUUUUUUAAAUAUGUAAUAGAAAAAUAAUCAAUGGGCAGCUAUCAUAGCUUUCUCUAAGAGCUUUAAAAUUCAUGAGAAACACCAGAAGUUUUAUGUAAAGUUAAUAUAAUCAUACCAUAUUCUCAUCAAAACAGGGAUAUUCAGCUCUGCUUAUUCUCUGUAGGCUAAGAAUAGUAUCCAAUAUUUACUUAAAAUGGUGAGUCCUAUAUUUGAUAUAACUGAGGGUAGAAAGAGAUUUUCAAGUGGCAGUCUUUAGAACUCAUCAUUUUCACCAAUUCAGUUUCUUCUUAUGAAUUCCAAUGCACAUUUUCACUUUUUCUGACACAUGCACAUCCAGAAGAAAAGUCAGAACAUAGAGGUUUUUUUUUUUUAAUUUUUCAUUGAAAUUUGGGGAAAAAAUAAGAAAAAUAUAAAAAUUCUUCAUAUUUUACAAGGAGUAUAUACAAUUUACAGAAGUGAAAUGGAGAAGUACUCUAAACAGUAGUUUUUCGCCUUUAUUAUUGAGUGAACAAUCAUGCUAAUGAUACAAAAUAUGAAUGAUUAUCUACAGUGAUAACAAUGUAAAUGUUAGAAAAAUAAUCACAUACUCUCCAAUCAUAUAAAAUAUAAGUAUGCCCGGAAGCUUACUUCUUGAUUUUUAAUAAAGAUGACCAUUUUCUAAUUUGAGGGUACAUAGUUUAGAAAAAAAUCACUGAUCUCUAAGUUUCUGUUUAGCUGCCAGUUAGGUGUCAACACUUAAAAAGCAGGGAGAGAAAAAGAAGAGGGGAGAAAGAGACAGGGAGAGAGAAAAGAGAGGGGGAAAGAAAGAGAAAGAGGGCAGGAAGGGAAGAAUGAAGGAGGGACUACAAGAAAGAAAGAAGGGAGGAAGGGGGGAGGGAGGAAAAAGUUAGGAACAAAUUAUCUAUUUCAACUCUGAAACUAAAAAAAAAUUAUUAAUAGAUUACAUUAAUAUAAAGUAACUGACUCUCAGUUAUCUAUGUUAAUAGAAAGAAAAAAGAAAAAGCUCUGAAAUACAAAAACAAAAAGUUGUGGGGAUUUUUUGCAAAGUUGAAAAGUCUUACAUUAGGAGUCAGUUUUUAAAUUUAUUUAUCUUAUUUAGGAAUCACUUUGUUCUUCACCAACCAGUUACAAACAUUACUGUGUUGCAUGUCGGUUAUUCUACCAGAAUGUGGAGAUAAGCAAUGCAUACAUUAGACAGCAAUCCUACCUUCUCUGAGUUUACAGUUGGAUGGGGACUGGACUCGGGUAGAUAGAUAGUUACAAUGUUGUGUAUUGAAUGUCAUGGUAGAGAAAGUACAAGGAGCGAUCGGAGCACAUGAGGGGCACCUAGGCUGAAUUUAAGAGUGGACAAAGGCAUCUUGAUAAAAGGUUUCUCAGUCAUGAUCUAAAAGUGGUUUAAUGAUUAGUUGAGCAUGCAGAAUCAGCAGACCCCCAAGCCAGGAUGAAAAGAGUAUUCCAGGCAGGAGGUAACAGCACAGGCAUGGACCUGACGGUGAGAGUACGGGGUGUGGGCUGAUGAUGAGGCAGAAGAAAACAAGGUCCAGGAAAUUAGUGGUCUUGUACACCAUGUUCAGUCAUGUCGUCUUGACGCCUGUUUAAACAGGAGAGCAGCAGUUGCAGUAUUCUAGUGGAAAAUAAUGGUCAUAAACAUAAGAGUUGGAGGUGAUCAUUUCCUCCUCCCUAGUUUUCCAGAGAUUUAAAAAAAAAAAAAAAAGAAUUGACAGAGUUUAUGGAAAUAGGUAAAAUAUGCCAUAUAAAUUGUCAAACAUAGGUCAGAUGCCUGUUCUGUCACUGUUGAAAUUUCAAAAUUUUCUUUAAAAAAGAUGAUUAAAAAAACUAAGAAAUUUAGUAUACCAAGUUCUAGAAUCCUAUCAGUCCUUACCCCUCUGCCAAUAUCCUCACCUUUGCACAUCUAUUAAAUCUCAAGAUCCUGGGUUUUGCACAAAGGUAAGACUAGAACAGCUUAAGAAUCAGCAAAUGGGGGAAGAAAGGGAAACUAAGCUAUAUCCAGCUAAAAAAAUAAAUAAAUAAAGAUCUUUUGUAUAGAUCCUUCUUCAGAUGCUGUUAUUCAGUAUAGUUGCAAGAUAGUACGUACAAAAAAUGCUUAGUUCUCUGCAAGGAGUCUUGACUUCUUGAUAAUGUCUUAUUCAUGAAGACUUCUUCGUGAUGCCAUCACAGAGUGAGGGGAGUCAAGGAAGGAGGGCUGGUGAGUGAGAGAGUGGGGAAAGAACUUGGCAUGAAAAUAGCAUAUUUAUCACCUUUCGUUUCACAGAGGCUUAUUUUGAAUUACCUCCUGCAGUUUCCAUCCAGUGCUGGUCUUCCUCUUCACUUCCACUAACCCGCGACAGCUAGGAAAAGGGAGACACUUACGUGGGGCCGUGGCCCUGGGAAGGGGUCUUCUUUCUCCUGGACCUCACUGGCCUCGCCCGUCCCUCACCACGCCUGGUCAUCAGAACCCACCACUGUCACCUCUUGAUUAAGACACUGGCUCAUAAACGCAUCUGUUCUCUUUUAUCCAGGAAGGCAGGGUGCUGUGACUUGUCUGAUUUUGUCUGAUUGUCUGACUUGUCUGAUUUUGAAGAAAUCUUCCGUUCCUUCCUGGCUCAGCACAUCCUUCUGAGGCCCAGCUGCUUUCCCCAUCUGGCUUCUGUGCGUGGUCACCUUUUCUGCGAAGCCACCACCCAGCUGGCACCAUGUUGAAUCCAAGCUUUCCUGAGAUGCUUAUAGACUUUAUAGCCAUGCACAAAAGCCAUGGUUUUCUUGGAUUUCCCCUGACUUGUCUGGGUGUUCUUUAGCUCAUCCCACUUCCUUCAAAACUGGGAUGCUAUCAUACUCUUCCAAUUCCCUCUUCUGAAUCACAGAUGCUUCUCACUUCCUCUUCCUGUCUGUUGAAAGCUUCCCCUGGGUCUUAGACUGAGUCUUCUUCAUCUAUUCCUGGGAAUCCUUUCUGUUUGAGUCCACCGCUUGAGGAUGUCUUUGAGAUUUAGAGAAUCUUUUUUUUUUCCCCCCCUUGGAAAGUCCCAUUCUCCAGACUUGUCUUGCUCUAGAUUUCAAGGACCGAUUGUGCAAUGAGAAGGUGAAUAUCAAUUUCCUUUAAGCAUUUCUGCUGUAACAGUUCUAAUUCUUCUUGGAGCAACAUGGCUGCUUCGAACUGACUAGGACCAGGUGUCAAAAUAAAAAACACAAAAAUUAAUAUAGCUCAAUAAAUAUAUUCUUUGGAUGUGCUUUUGGAAUAUGAAUUUUUCUGUCAAGAGGGUGACCCUCUCCCUUCCCCUGUACAAGCCUGGUUCUGUGUGUGUGUGUGUGUGUGCUCAGUCAUGUCCGACUCUUUGCAACACCAUGGACUGUAGCCUGCCAGGCUCCUCUGUCCAUGGAAUUACUGGAUGAUAACAAAUGCAUACCUAUAAAAAUUAUAGCAUAGUGGGCUUGUAAUGGCAUCAUCACACUUAUUUUUAAUCUAAUGCUUUGCACUCACCUGAAAGAUUUAGUAGACUUCUUUACACAUAGUUGAUUUUUACAUUUUGUUAUGUUGAAGUUGAUGAAAAAUCCUCUCUAUUCCUUGAGUAAAACUAGUGUAAUAUUUGGCAAGAGAUACAAGGAAUCAUCAUUUUCCUCUCUCAAGAUCCAUACCCCUUUAGGUUUCCAUUGCUACUAUCCUAUUUUCAGUAGAUUGUAGUGUUAAUACAGAAGAUUUAUACCUUGAAAGAUAUUUUAGCCCCUAUAUACUUCUUGAGUCCAGUUCCACACUCCUAGAUCCUCAUUUUUAAGUGGAGAGAUGAUAUUUGAAAUUCAUUUGAGCUUCUUAUCGAGAGGAUUAGACUCUCCUUUUAUGUAUGCCUGGCACGGGUUCCCUGGUGAUGGUCGGGUGACAAAUGCAAAAGUAAGAAUCAGGCGAUAGUGAGCACCUGAUGAUAUAGUUACAUACUUAUUUUCAAUCUAAUGUUCAAAAUUCCGCUUUGUUUUUACACUAGAGGUAGACUUCAGAGAAAAUAUUUUGUGAUUCACAUGAAAAAACUCAGUCAGUCUGCUCCACUUGACCAGGGGUCUGACAUUAAAUUGGUUUGUAGUUUGAAAGUGAAAAAAAUAUAUAUUUUCCAAACAACAAUUUACCACUAAUUAAUUAGUAUUCUUACUUGUUUGUUUGAAGUUAAAAAUAAACACGUCUGUCUUUCUUAAUGAAUUAGAGCACCUGAAACCUCAAUACAGUUAUAUACAAGAUGCAUAAGAAUCAUCAGUACAUUCUAUUUUAUGAGUCACUUUAAAUUUAUAAUCAACAUUUCAGGUUGUAUGGUAGUGAAUGUGGUAAAAUUAUAUAGGUUAUAUAUUAUAUAGGUAAUAUACUUGACUGUGUAUGUUUUAAUGAAGCAAGGACUGACUCUCAAGACAAUUACAUUGAACCCCGCUAAUUGUUCAUGAAGACAGAAUGCACUCAACUGUUUUCUAAUAAGAUUCAAUAAUGCAGUGUAUCACACUGGUGAAGUAAAAGGUUUAAUAUUUAUUAUACAAAAUAUUAUUGAUUUUCAUAUGAAAUUUAAUGUACUUAACAUUAAAGUGAAAAGAAUGUAAUUGUUAACAAAGUAUUUCAGACAAUUACUGUGAAUUUGGUUUCAUUACUAUAAAUAUAGUUUAAUACUGGACAUAUGCAAAUAUGCUCCUUUGGUAAAUAAGUUCCUGUUGAAGUCAUACAUAGUUGUUUAAAAACAUUCCCUUGAUAGCUCCUUGUAAGAUCAGAAAACAUCCCUGCUGCUGCUGCUGCUAAGUCACUUCAGUCGUGUCCGACUCUGGGCGACCCCAUAGACGGCAGCCCACCCGGCUCCCCUGUCCCUGGGAUUCUCCAGGCAAGAACACUGGAGUGGGUUGCCAUUUCCUUCUCCAAACAUUCCUAGCAUCAGUGAAAUACGGUGUGAGUAUAUAUUCAGUCUUCAUUCAUAGAACCCCACUGCUUCUGCUUCUUUUAAUGUGUUGAUAUCAAUUCCUGCUUAUUUAGAUCAGGAAUCAGUAUGCAUUCAAUAAAUAUCACCAGUGUUUUUAGCUGCUACUUAAGUAGAUGCUGUGCACAGACCUUGUAUGGGAAGGAGUUUUACAUACAUUAUCUCUAGUUCUUAUAGUAAGCUUUGCAAGUUAAAUAUUGAGUUCCAUUUUACAGUAGAGAAGACAGAGGUUCAGAGUAGUUCACUAAAUUUGAAAAACAAUUUCUUGCACUAUUGCUCUUCAAAAAAAGAGAAAAAAGGACAUCCUGUCACUUUUUUUCCAAAUUAAAUUAGUUUUCCUGGCAUACAUAUUAAAUCUUUUGUAAUAGUUUUUAUUUGAGAAAUGAAAAAACAAAAUCGCGCUUAUUAAUAGAUGUGCUGUAUGUUUAAGCCUCAUGAAGGUGAAUUGGCUUUGGAAUUCUGACUAGAAGUAUAAAAAGCUUCUGGAAUGGGGAGUCACUUUUCUGGGGAAACCAAAAUAUAAAUAACAUCAAUUUCCCAACAUUAUAGCUUCUGUUCAGGAAUUCAUCAAAUAUCCAAAGAAGCUCAGCUCCUCCCCUACUAAAUUUAUUACUAAAGAUUUAAGUCAGAUUUAAUCACUGGAAAUUAUAUAUAGAGAAAGACAGAUAGAAAUUUGUGCAAGCAGUUAAUUGACAUGGUCUGUGUAGUUGUAAAAAUGGGUCUUUUAUUGAUAGAGAAAUAACUUUGGAUUGAACAGUUCACUGAUAGCUUCUAGGUCUUAAAAAUUACUAGAAUACAGUGCCUUUUGAAAUAUAUACAUAUUAAGGUAUAUUUUAAAAUCCUACUCAAAGUGAAAUUAGGGAGUAUAAUAUACAUCCUUAAAAGUCAAAGUUUCUUGAUUUGUAGCCUCAGGGUGGCUCCAAGUGCCUUGGCAAUGAGUGCUUUUUAGUGGUCGGAAUUUUGAGGAUAUAUUCUCAAUAUUUCCAUUAUUAUAUUUACUAAGUGGUUUUGAUAAAUUGAUGCCUUAGUGCCUGUCCUACUUCAAAUAUCUUGCUUUAUGUUUUAAUCCUUAUGUACCAAAAGGUUAAGGUAAAUAACCAUCUAAUCUUUAUUUAAAGGUAAGACAGAUAUAGACACAAAGUAUUUUUGUGGAAAAUUACUUAAAGCUGUACCGUGUUCUAGAUAAAGAGAAACAAUUGUGAUAAAUAUAAAAUUAUUCAUAGAAUUCAUAUUUAAAUUUUGAAAUUCUUCCUGAAUUUAUUGACGGUUUUAGCGGAACUGCAUGAUGAAAUUGUUUCUUUUAAGUAAGAUUUAAA